CUCACUAUCACAUGAAUCUGGACUGGAAGCUGGAUGGGAAAAGUUUGGAGGUCUCGGUGAAAUCGCUCCUCUCAGGCCGCUUUCUAGUGCGCGCGGCCCCGCCUCGCCUUUAUAAGUUUUUUUUUAAUUCCUCCGGUUGUGUCGGAGGGAAAAACGGAGUCGGCUGGACUGUUUUCCAGACUGGCUCUUCUUUUUUUUUUCCUGCAGGAACACACGGGGGAGGAGGAGGGAGAGGAGGGGGGACGCUCUGGCUGCUUGAGCAGAUCUGUUUCGAUUCCAAACUUUGGGCGACAUGGACGCGCACCGAGGCGCGCCUCCGGCAGGGCAGCAGGUCGUGCACGUCCGCGGGGACUCCAAGACGGAGCUGGAGGCCCUGUUCAGCGCCGUGAUGAACCCCAGCAAGGCGGCCAGGCAGCCCCACUCUGUGCCCAUGAGGAUGAGGAAGCUGCCGGAUUCCUUCUUCAAGCCGCCGGAACCCAGGGGCCACUCAAGACAAGCCAGUUCAGACGGAGGCGUGUGCGGCUCCCUCACUCCUCAUCACGUCCGCGCUCAUUCCUCCCCCGCCUCCCUCCCAGUCAACUCCCUCUCCGCUCAAGUGGAUGCAGAUGCAGCAGCCACGCCGCUCAUACCCGAUGACGUGCCACUCCCUGACGGUUGGGAGAUGGCAAAGACGUCCACUGGCCAACGGUACUUCAUCAACCACGUACACAAGACGACCACAUGGCAGGACCCCCGCCUCUCGCAGCUUCAGUCGGCUGCAGCCCAGCAUCAGAUCGCCUGCACCCCGAUCCACGCCCACUCCUUCAGCAACCCAGCGCCCACUACGCAACCAAAAAAUGUUAUUCCUGAGACAGGUCCACUGCCUGAAGGCUGGGAGCAGGCUGUGACUGCAGAUGGAGAGAUGUACUACAUUGAUCACAUAAAUAAGACCACCACAUGGGACGACCCACGUCUAGCUCAGAAGGCAAACCCUACCAUGCUCAGUUUGGCAAUGCAGCAAAGGCAGGAAAAGCUCAGACAGAAGCAAGGCAUCCUGCCUCAGUUUGCACCUCAGGAGGCCGGAAGUAGCAACCAGAUGCCUGGAGGGAUGGACCAUGACAGGAGUGCACAGAUGCUUGUCCCAUCGGUGGAUGUCAGGAUCAGGGCCCUGAACCAAGAACCAAACCUUAAUGGGGCUCACUCUCGCAACGAAAGCACCGAUAGCGGUCUGAGCGUCAGCAGCCUGCCACGCACAUCUGACCACAUGUUGGGCUCUGUGGAUCAUAUGGACACUGGUGACUCUAGUGACCCCCCCUCCAUGAGCCUGCAGGAGCCGAUGCCUGUGCUCCCGAUCAACGAGGAGCUGAUGCCCGGCAUCCCCGACGGUUUGACUUCAGACAUCUUGAUGGACAUGGACACGGUUCUGUCCGGGCCACACAUGGACAGGGACAGCCUCCUCACCUGGCUAUAGACGCAAGCACCCCUCUGCCCGGUUGAGAGUGGUUUGAAAUCAAGCUUUUUGUAGCGUGACUGAGAAUUCUGGGAAAUUUGAUUCGGAUUUAAAAGUGGUACAGAACAACUACACAAAAUAUUCUACAGAUAUGAUGGAUACCUAACACUACUCACUCCCUGACCGGUGAAAUACAAAUUACUCUAAAAGAUGCAAUCAGCUUUCUCUUUUUGGGCCUGAUUUUGCAUAAUAGGCUCCACUUCUUUUUAUAUGGGUCCUUCAAACGUUAUGUCCAACCAGAAUCCCUCUUGGAAUUUUUUCAAAGCUAUAAUAGUGCUCUUGUGCAAGGAACUUAAAAAAGACCAAUAUAUAAAAGAACAGAAAACAAAGAAUUUCAAUUUUACUCUAAUCACGGAAGAAAGCUGUAGUAAUUAAAUGUACCAUCUAAUGAUGCUACCUCUGAGCAGUUUGUACCAUGUGACUGUAAUGCACAUUCUUAGAGUGUAAAGAAAACCUUCUACCACAUUUUGGCUUAAAGUGAACAACAAAUCAAAGUUUUUGGGGGUUUUUUUAUAGCUGCAAAAUCUCAGGGCAUCUUAUCAAAAGGAAGGAAGAGGCGCCCUCUUGUGGUAAGUUGGAGAAAAACACCAUUUCCUGCCUAAAACAGUCAGCUGUAAAAAGUGAAAGAAUAUUGUAAUUACUUUGUCAGUGUCAACUAAUGAAGCCAUUCCUUUUCUAAUUUUGCUAAUAUAUUAGUUCUGAACACUAAGCAUUAACUUUAAAGACGUACAAAGGCUUUCCUCCUCAACAUAUAAACACAUUAAUUGGGUCCAUCUACCGGUAUAUGUAGGGUUUCCCCAGAAAACUACAGAAUAAUCCUCAGUUUCUGUUUUCAGUGCUUAACCCUUCUUUUUCAAGAAUGAAUUUACAGCCUCGCUGAAAAAGAAAUCUAGAGGCAUUUUUUUUGAGUGAUUGCAAUAUAGUUUUUAUGUUCGUUUUUUUGGUUUUAAAACCAUUUUUAUUAAAGUUUUGAUCCAUACCGACACUCGACAUGAUCUUCACAGGUGCACCAUUUAUUUUGGAUUUCCAAUGAACUCCUCUGUGUUGCAUAGUUGUUUUAUUUUCUUUCUGCUAAACUCUUCUGUAGGUAAAGGUGCUCUCUAGUUACCAUUUGACCUGGGAUGUGUUUUUUUUCUUUCUAUAAGUUAAGCUUAAAGGAUAAAUGUUA